UAAAAAAUAGCUUCCGGUUUGUUUCAUGUGUUCCGCUCUCUUUCCGCGGCAUCAUAUUUCAGUAGCAUGAGCGGCGCUGCUACUUUCACCUCCGGAAUUUCCAGCUCCACCUUAACAAACCGAUGUCAGCUUUCAUGCAGUUUUUUUUUCAUUGACGUCAACUGCAUACGGCACAAAACAGAGGCUUUCUUCAUAUUUCGUAUGCUUGAGUCAGAAUAUGGACAGAUUGCCAGACAGUGGUACCAAUUUUAAACCAUCCUGACUGCGACGGCUGCUGAUUUAUCUCCCUUCAUAUCAAGGAAGACACCGUAUGCAAGGGUAGCCGCGACGCAGCCACCGUUGCCCAGAGUGUGGCCCAGGCAAGAGCCCGCGACCGCCACAUCAGGCACCAUGAUGGAGGGGGGCAUGCAGCUGCUCAACCGCGAUGGCCACAGCAUCUCGCACAACUCAAAGCGCCACUACCACGACUCCUUCGUGUCCAUGAACCGGAUGCGACAGCGUAGCCUGCUGUGUGACAUUGUGCUUCAUGUCUCCAACAAAGAAAUCAAGGCACACAAAGUGGUGCUGGCAUCCUGCAGCCCCUACUUCCACGCUAUGUUUACCAAUGAGAUGUCGGAGAGUCGGCAGACCCAUGUGACCCUACAUGACAUCGACCCUCAGGCUUUGGAACAGCUGGUCCAGUACGCCUACACAGCAGAGAUUGUGGUUGGGGAAGGCAACGUGCAGACUUUGCUCCCAGCGGCCAGCCUGCUGCAGCUCAACGGGGUGCGGGACGCCUGCUGUAAGUUCCUCCUGAGCCAGCUAGACCCCUCUAACUGCCUGGGUAUCCGAGGCUUUGCCGACACGCACUCCUGCAGCGACCUGCUCAAGUCAGCACACAAGUAUGUCCUGCAGCACUUUGUGGAGGUGUCCAAGACAGAGGAGUUCAUGCUGCUGCCGCUGAAACAGGUCCUGGAUUUGAUCUCCAGUGAUAAUCUCAAUGUGCCAUCAGAGGAGGAAGUAUACCGGGCUGUGUUGAGCUGGGUGAAACAUGAUAUAGAUGGACGCAGGCAACAUGUACCUUGGCUGAUGAAGUGUGUGCGGCUGCCACUGCUGAGGCGAGACUUUCUGAUGAGCAACGUGGAUACAGAGUUGCUGGUCCGUCACCACUCGGAGUGCAAGGACCUGCUGAUCGAGGCUCUCAAGUACCACCUGAUGCCUGAGCAGAGGGGAGUCCUCAGCAAUAGCCGGACGCGCCCGCGACGCUGUGAGGGCGCUAGCCCUGUGCUCUUCGCCGUUGGUCAGUGUGCCCCUGAAGGUGGUGGCAGCCUGUUUGCCAUCCAUGGAGAUUGCGAGGCAUAUGACACCAGAACAGAUCGAUGGCACAUGGUGGCGUCCAUGUCCACUCGGCGGGCACGGGUGGGCGUGGCGGCCAUUGGGAACAGACUUUAUGCUGUUGGAGGGUAUGAUGGCACCUCAGACCUCGCAACCGUGGAGUCCUACGACCCCAUCACUAACUCCUGGCAACCUGAGGUUUCCAUGGGAACACGGCGGAGCUGUUUGGGUGUAGCAGUCCUGCACGGCCUGCUGUACGCUGCUGGAGGUUAUGACGGAGCUUCCUGCCUCAAUAGUGCGGAGCGUUAUGACCCUCUGACCAGUACAUGGACCUCGAUCGCUGCCAUGAGCACCCGUAGGAGAUACGUCCGAGUAGCAACUCUGGAUGGCAGCUUGUAUGCAGUGGGAGGUUAUGACAGCUCCUCACAUCUCGCAACAGUGGAGAAAUAUGACCCCCAGGGCAACACAUGGACAGCCAUUGCCAACAUGCUGAGUCGGCGCAGCAGUGCCGGGGUGGCCGUGCUGGACGGCAUGCUGUAUGUUGCGGGGGGAAAUGACGGCACCAGCUGCCUGAACUCUGUGGAGCGAUUCAACCCCAAGACCAACACCUGGGAGGGAGUGGCGCCCAUGAACAUACGCAGGAGCACCCAUGACCUGGUGGCUAUGGAUGGCUGGUUGUAUGCAGUGGGAGGUAACGAUGGCAGCUCCAGUCUCAACUCCAUCGAGAAGUACAACCCGCGCAGCAACAAAUGGGUCGCAGCCUCCUGCAUGUUCACACGGCGCAGCAGUGUGGGUGUGGCUGUGCUGGAGCUGCUGAACUUCCCACCGCCCUCCUCACCCACCCUCUCUGUGUCCUCCACCAGUCUUUGACACGGGGUCACCGCUUGGCUGACCUCAGCCUCCGCUGCUACAGCCCAGACUGGCUCUGGGAAGAGACGCAACUGCUCAGUUUGAGACGGGGAGGAGGAAGAGGAUGGGAGUGGACAGGUAAAACGAUGGAGGGGGGGAGAAGAUCAAAAGGAAAGAUGUGGAUAAGGCUCCUGGCUUGGUUAAUAUACAGUUCCCUCCAGAAUUGGUGUCAUUCUUGGUGAAGACUGGCUUACCAAGGUUUUUAAAAAAUUACAACAUAGGUAAUGAAAUUUAAUUAAAAAAUGUUGGCAUUUUUUUAAAAGACUGUGAAUGUGCACUGUAAUCUUAAGACAUGUUCUACACAUAACUAUCCUCUCUGAAAGAGCCACAGAGAUUAAUUUUUAUUUAUAAUGGUUAAACCACUCUGGCUGCUCUUUAUCAAGUUUGCCACCUAUUCUGGAUUGCACCGUAUCUGGUCUCGAUGCCUUCAACUCCACUGUACAGCUCCACCAUACAGAUACCAGCUCCCACUCUCCAAGAGUACAAAGACGUUCCCGUAUAAAGAUCACUGAACCACCCCCCCCCCCCCCCCCAACCGCUCCAGUGUUUGACACACUCAUCAUGAAACGUGGUGGACAGUGGACAUACUUAAAUCUGUCAUUUGUGAUGUAAAUGUUGUUGUCCUCUACAAGAUUUUUCUUUGGUUGUCAGGAUAAUUUGCAAUAAUGUACAAAAAAGGAGAAACUGUGAGUGAUUUUACUUUUGGAAUGUAGCUUUUGACUGGUUUAUACCAUGCAUGUUUACAUAUUGGCAUUGACUCCCUACAGGAGGAUAAAAUGUUGUAGUGCUGCUAUGCCAUACUAGGUGGCAGUAACAGGCAAUGUUAUAAACUUCCCACACUGCAAGAGAGCAUGGACACCAACAACAUAGAAGUUAGGCCCUCAGAAUUGUAAGUAAGUAUAUAUAUAUAUAUAUAUAUAUAU